UUUCAGUGUUUGUUCAUAUUCCAAGCCCAAAUGUGCUGCGCUUCUCAGAAACAGGGCAGUGGAAAAAGAUGAAAAUGCUUCUACGUUUGGCUCGGACAUCCGUCGCCGCCGUGCGCCACUUCUCGGCGGAAGCAACGGCGGCGGAAGCAACGGCGGUGGCGACGAAGCCUAUCGCUGCAGGAGGCGGCAGCGGAAGUCCCGCGACCACGAGUAAGGGCGGCAGGGACACUCUGGGGAGGAGGCUUCUAAGUCUCGUGUACGCUAAGCGAAGCGCAGUCAUCACUAUACGGAUGUGGAAGGAGGAGGGCCACGCCGUCCGCAAAUACGAGCUCAACCGCGUAGUAAGGGAGCUCCGGAAGCUCCGGCGCUACAAACACGCCCUCGAGGUUUGUGAGUGGAUGAGGAUACAAGAUGAUAUCCACCUUUUAUCGGGGGAUUAUGCUGUGCAUUUGGAUUUGAUUGCAAAAGUUCGAGGUAUGAAUAGCGCUGAGAAAUUUUUCGAGGAUAUUCCUGAUAAAAUGAAGGACCAUGCUACGUGUAGUGCCCUUCUCCACUGCUAUGUCCAGCAGCAAGACUGUGUUAAAGCCGAGGCUCUGAUGGAAAAAAUGUCCGAAUGUGGCUUUGUGAAGCAUCCACUUCCUUACAACCACAUGCUCUCUCUAUACAUAUCAACUGGGCAAUUAGAGAAGAUUCCGGCUAUGAUUCAAGAGUUAAAGAAGAAUACUUCGCCAGAUCUUGUAUCAUACAAUCUUUGGUUGGCUGUAUGUGCAUCGUUGAAUGAUGUUGAAACCGCAGAAAAGAUCUUCCUUGAGCUAAAGAAGGUGAAAAUAGAUCCAGACUGGGUAACAUAUAGCACAUUGACAAGUAUCUAUAUUAGAAGUUCACAGAAUGAAAAAGCAGCAUCGACUUUAAGAGAUAUGGAGAAAAGGGUUUUUAAAAGGACUCGAGUUGCUUUUCCCUCUCUCAUUAGUUUGUAUACUAGCUUAAAAAACAAAAGUGAGGUUCACCGUGUGUGGAAAAAGAUGAAAUCUAUUUUCCACAAGUUAAAUGAUUCGGAAUACUCUUGCAUGAUAUCUUCCUUACUGAAGCUUGACGAAUUUGAAGAAGCACUGAAGACAUAUACUGAAUGGGAGUCUGUUUCUGUGACUAAGGACACCCGAAUUUCGAAUUUAAUUCUUGCAGCAUAUGUCAACAAAAAUCAGUUGGGCAUGGCAGAGGACUUCAGAGAAAAGAUGGCUCAAAAAGGCAUACCCAUCAGCUACACCACUUGGGAGGUACUUACGAGUGGUUAUAUGAAGCAUAAGAAGAUGAAUGAAGCUCUAGAUUCAUUCAAGAACGCCGUUGAUAGUGUUAAGAAAUGGGAUCCUAACGUAAAGAUGGUCCGGGAGAUGUUUAGUUUACUCGAAGAGCAAGGAAAUGUUGAAUUAGCAGAGGAUUUGCUAGUUACCCUUCGUCGUGCUGGCCAUGUGAACACAGAGAUAUAUAACUUGCUUCUGCGAACCUACAUGAAAGCCGGAAAAAUGCCACUCAUUGUUGCUGAGAGGAUGAAAAAAGACAACGUGAGAAUGGAUACAGAGACCCAAGAGCUCAUUAAAUUAACAAGCAAGAUGUGUGUAGCUGAAGUUCCGAACCAUCUUUCUUAGGAACAACCUUGCAAUACAUUGUUGCUCAACAAUAAGAGGACUUGCCUGUGUUUACACACAUAACCGAGUUGGAUUUAUGAGCCAGGUAUAUUUAAUCUCUGUAGUGAGGUUAACUUUUUAGGCAAAUGAUUCUUUUACUGCAGCACUAUGACCGAAAGUUGCAGGACAAAUGAGAGAUGGCGGUGUUUUUUUCACUUUUCACAUCGUGGGCAUGAUAUAUAAAUAGAUAAUAGGAUUGGCCUGUUGGGGAAAUCAUGUAUCGGAAAAACUUCAAACAAUUACCUAGUGUUGUGAUAGAUGUACUAGUGUUUGAUGUUGGUAUAGUGAUCUUUAUCUUCGGAAUUUUGAACUGUAUGUUUUAGCAUCUCAGAAUAUUGGCUCUUACAGAGUUUGUUUCUUAUAAAACACAUGGAUCUUCAUAUCAUCUAUGGGAUAAUGAUUCUGUG